AGCCUCUCAGCAGCUAAAGAUUUAAGCUCCACGGGAAGGCUCCGUAUUUGUACAUAACGUUCAUAUGUCACCAGACCAAGGUUCUAUCAAUUAACUCAACAUCGCCCAUCACAUCACAUUACAGCUGAAGAGCUCUUGUGUGACCCACUACCUUCUAUCAACCUACAAUCACUUCCCGUGCUACCUAUCGAGCUCGGAGCAAACAUCCAUCGUGUGGAUUGCUUAUAUGCCUUGCUGAGAUCGAGAGACCUCCACAACCUAGCUACUUCCCACCAACGAGCAACCUCAUACUGCUCUCAAGAUGUCGCAAGUCCACGCCUUGUCCGACGACCAGGUCGGACAAGAGCUCCGCAAGAUGACCGCCUUCAUCAAGCAGGAAGCCCUCGAAAAAGCGCGCGAGAUCGAAAUCAAAGCGAACGAAGAAUUCAGCAUCGAAAAAUCCAAACUCGUGCGUCAGGACACCGACGCCAUCGACGCCGCCCACGCCAAGAAGCUGAAGCAAGCCGCCAUGUCGCAGCAAAUCACGCGAUCGACCGUUGCCAACAAGACCCGACUUAAGGUUCUCGCCGCCCGCCAGCACCUACUCGAUGAUAUCUUCGAUGCCGCUGCUAAGCGUCUCGCGGACGGUGCGAAGGAUACCGCGAAGUACCGUGUUACGCUUAAGAAUUUGUUGCUGGAGGGUUUGUAUGCUCUUACUGAGAAGGAUAUCCAGGUCCGUGGACGAAAGGCCGAUUAUGCGGUUUUGAAGGAUGCUAUUAAGGAUGCGGAGGCCGAGUAUAAGAGUAGUACAGGCAAGGAGACUAAGGUUACGAUUGACGAGGAGCAUCCGUUACCGGAUGGCAGCUCCGGCGGUGUUAUAAUUGUAGGCGGCCAAGGCAAGAUCGAUAUCAACAACACCUUCGACGAAAGACUACUACUCCUACAAUCGAGCGGUCUACCCGCCGUGCGAGAGACGCUAUUCGGAAAGAACCCCAACCGAAAGUUCUAUGAUUAAGAGAUUUUGCUUCGCGGGUUAUACUUCAGUGUGCGGAAAUACAAACAUAUCAGAUCAACGCAGGACGUCAGCAGGCAGGACAGAAAUUACGUUGGAGAGAAGCUUCCCGCUCGAGGGUCACUCAGUGGGGUUGCAUCCAGCAUAGGAAUAUGUAUACCAUGCUCUUGGUUGUGGUACUCAUUAGAAAGGCUGCUGUAUAUCAUAACAUGAGGCGUUUGUAAGAACGUCCAAUCCACAUCAAUAAAACAACCAAAUCCAUUUCACAUGCUCAUAUCCAUAUAUUCCUAUUAUAUCUAAUCAACACAAUUCAUUUCUUGCUACCGUUUACAUCACCACUUUUACUAGCUAACGCAGCAGCAUUUCGUUCUGCCUUCUUCUGAGCCCAGUUCUUCAUAAAGGCCCGCUGCUUCGGGAUAUUCGUAUCCUCCUUUGGCUCCGGAUCGAAUAUACUGGUCUUCGGCGGAGGCCGCGUGCGAACCGAGUAGGUUAA